CGAAGAAUUACUGAUUUUCAAUAUGUUGAGCCGAAAAUUCAAUAGAAAGCACCUGGAAGGAACAUCAUCUGAAAACAUUUCUGAGGGCCAAGAAGAACCAGAAACAGAUGUAACUGACUCAUCAAGUGACACAAAGAGCCCUGAGUAUCAGGACCGACCCAAAGACAACGACUCAUCUGAGGAAACCAGACCAAGGGGAAAGGAAGCAACUGUUUGCAAUGAUGGUGCUCAACUUUAUCGAUCUGGUAGUUUUAGAAAAGCACAAGGAAAAAUUAACAAAAUUUCUACACUUGAAAGGUUUUCUGCUUUUGGGAACAUCAAGGAUAAAGAUUCUCCUCCUGACCCGGUCCCAGCCUUGGUUCUGCUGUUCUACCGACCUCCAGCUGAUCCUGAGUCUGAACACGAGAUUAAUGUGUUGAUGCUGUCACAAAACGUUUUUGGUGAUGUGCUGCGUUUCAGGAGGAAAUUAGAUCAAGAUGAAAUUUUCCUGGAGAUAUUUCCAGACUGCAAACUGCAGCCGAAUCAGGUUUACUCUCUGUCUGCCUCUCUUGGAGGCGACUCGGUUCUGGUUCAGCCCAAAGAAGCAGAAUUUGAUGCAGAAUCCUAUGACAAUUACCUGUCAAAGUUCUGUGUUUCUUUUGAGAAAAUGAUGAAACUCAUCAGUCUGUCUCUGAGGGACAGCAGCUCCAACAUCGUCUGGGAGAGACAGGUUUGUCUUUCUGCUGCUGGAUUCAGAAGAUCCUGGGGACCGACCCGACAGAACCUCAGUCCAAUAGAGAAACUGAAGGAGAAAAGGAUUAGACCCACUGGCGGUGUAUCUGAACCUGUUCGGCAGAUUUUCCAGAAGAAACUAAUGAAGACUAAAUCUGAGUGUGAGAAACCAAAGAAGAAGAUCAGAUAUGGCAGCGUUCUCCAACAGUCUUUCACCACAGAUUCCUCUGAGGAGGAAACCAGCUGUUCAGGGGAUCUGAAAGUUUCUCCUUCCUCUGAUCCAACUCAGAGCGACUCCGUCCCAAACAGAACCUCCACUGACCUUCUCCAGACUUCAGGGUCCGGUUUGAGAAGAAGAGGCCUCAGUGCCUUGUCUUCUUCUCUCAACAUUUCUUUGAUUAAACACAAUCCUGUUUCACGUUUCAGUCUCUCACCCCCAGCUGUUAGUUCACCCAACGUUUUCUCAGAUUAUCUAACAGAAAACUUUACAAAUGUCUACCGAGGCUAUCCACUGUCACCGUAUUUCUCUAGUGGAUCCAGUCUGACCGGUUUCUAUCCUCCAUCACAACCGAAAAAAGCAAGAGGAGGACAAACUAAAGAACAGGAAAGAAUGAGUGAGCUUUCUGUCUGGAGGAGAAACAGACUUGGAUAUCAACCGGACUCAAUUAUAGAAAUGGAAGAAAGACAUCGUGAGCAUCAAAAUAAAUCAUUAUAUCAAAAAGUACAAUCCUCUUCCACAAACGUCCAAAGUUCAGAUUUAUCUCCACUGCCCCGGCUAUCCUUACCCAGGUUUUAUUCGCCAGGCGGUGCUUUUUCAACUCAUUAUCCUCUGGGUUUACCAACUAGUAGAACAGUACCUCCAUUUGGUCUUAAAAUGGAAACUCUGAGCAAAGACUUGAAGCAGACAGAAAAUCCUGCAGCUGACGAGGAUCAAUUAGAAAAACCUGAAGAUCUUCAGCACGUCCCAUUGUCCAGCAUGUUUACAAUUGCAUCUCUCCAACAGUCUUUCACCACAGAUUCCUCUGAGGAGGAAACAAGAGGCUGUUCAAUGGAUCUCUUUGGGAACGUCAAGGAUGAAGAUUCUCCUCCUGACCCGGUCCGAGCCUUGGUUCUGCUCUUCUACAGACCUCCAGCUGAUCCUGAGUCAAAACACAAGAUCAAUGUUUUAAUGCUGCCAAAAAACGUUCUCAGAACUGUACUGCAUUUUAGGAAGCUGUUAAAUGAUAAUGAGAUUUUCCUAGAGAGGCCUCCAGACUGCAAACUGCAGCCGAAUCAGGUUUACUCUCUGUCUGCCUCUCUUGGAGGUAAGUCGGUUCUGGUUCAGCCCGAAGAAGCAGCAUUUGAUGAAGAAUCCAGUGACAGUUAUUUCUCAAAGUUUUGUGUUUCUUUUGAGGAAAUGAUGAAACACAUCAGUCUGUCUCUGAGGGACAGCAGGUCCAACAUCGUCUGGGAGAGACGGGUUUGUCUUUCUGCUGCUGGAGUCAGAAGAUCCUGUAGACCGACCCGACAGAACCUCAGUCCACAGGAGAAACUGAAGGAGAAAAGGAUUAGACCCACUGGCGGUGUAUCUGAACCUGUUCUGCAGAUUUUCCAGAAGAAACCAAUGAAGACUGAAUCUGAGUGUGAGAAAGCAGAGAAGAAGAUCAGAUAUGGCAGCGUUCUCCAACAGUCUUUCACCACAGAUUCCUGUGAGAAGGAAACCAGCAGCUGUUCAGUGUAUCUGAAUGUUUCUCCUUCCUCUGAUCCAACUCAAAGUGACUCCGUCCCAAACAGAUCAGCCUCUACUGACCUUCUCCAGACUUCAGUAUCCGGUUUGAGAAGAAGAGGCCGCAGUAACUCGUCUCCUUCUCUCCUCUGUUCUCUGAUUCAUCAGGAUCCUCCGUUAGACGUCAGUAUCUUACCCCGAGCUGCUAGUUUACCCAGCAUGAAGCUCCAAAGCAGCUUUGAGGAGUUCACUCCUGGUUUCUGUGGGGAUCCAGAUGAUGAAACCUUCUGGUUCCAGUGCUCCGGUCCAGGCCGGUACCAGUGCAGAGAGAGCGGCCUGGUGUUUGACAUGACGGGAGGAGGAGACGUGUUUUACAGGGUCGUUCCCUGGAACAGCAGAUUACUGAGCCCACAUGGCAAGAAGCCUGCAGGACCUCUGUUUGACAUCAGCUGCCAGCAGCGGUCUGUGGCUCGGCUUCAUCUCCCUCACUGUGAGGUCCGAUCCACAGGACSAUGUCACUUCCUGUCAGUCGCUCACCUCCAUGAUGAAGGCGUGGAGUUUAUCAGGCCUGAGAGGAUCACAGAGACUCACAUCGUCAUCAGCAUCACAGGGUUUUCUGCUUUUGGGAACGUCAAGGAUGAAGAUUCUCCUCCUGACCCGGUCCGAGCCUUGGUUCUGCUCUUCUACAGACCUCCAGCUGAUCCCGAUGUCACUUCCUUCCUCAAUGUGUUGCUUCUUCCAAGGAACAUUGUGAUCCGGGAUUUGAAGCGGACCAGGAGGAAAUUAGCUGAGGAUGAAUUGUUCAUAGAUGCUCCUCCACACUGUAAACUACAACCUGAUCAGGUUUACAUUCUGUCCACCAGUCCUGAAAACGAAUCAGUUAAGGUUCAGCCACAGGAAGCCGAGUUUGAUGGAGAGUAUUAUAAAGACUACUUUCCAUCAUUUCAGGUUACCUUAAAAACCCUGAUUAGAGAUAUUCACCUGAAUUUGGUGCAGAAAAGCAGCUCCUGUUGUGUUUGGGAGCGAGAUGUUCAUCUUUUACCUACUAAAAUGAAAACACAGCCGCUUUCAACUGAGCAGCUGAAGGAAAUACGAAGCAGCAUCAUUGACAGGAUAUCAGGAGCUAAUCUGAAAACUCUGCUGGACAAACUGCAGCUGAAAGGGAUGAUGACUGAACCUGAGAGCGAGGAAGCAGCGGAGAUGAAGAGCAGACAUGACAAAGCUCAAUUUAUAAUCGAUACAGUGUGGAGGAAGGAUGGAGCUUCAGAGAUGAUUGAGAUUCUCAUUGACAUCGACCCUUUCCUCUGCARAAAACUCAAGUUAAUCUGAUGCUGGGCAGGUUUAGCUGAAACCAGAUAUUUACAUACAUGAGAAGAUCAGAGAAGAUAAAGGUCGACUUCUAGUCGACACGGYGAGGAGGAAAGGAGACGAUGCAAGUUCAAAAAUGAUCCGGUUCCUCUGUGAACUCGAACGUGGCUGCAGGUCUGAUUUUUUAUGGAUUUCAUUGCUUGUUGUGUUUUAUUAUAUACCCACACCCUCAUUAUUGGAAGAUGAAAGUGCUCAAUUAUGAAUAAUUUGUCAAACAAACAUGUUAUUUCUGUAUGUGAAAUAAAAUAAAACUGUUCUUAACUGUA